AUGGGUGUAGUUCGCACCGCCCUUCUGAUGGGAUUUUUGUUGUGGUUUUCUCUUCUCGCUAAUGGCCUUAACUUGUGGCCGAUGCCGGCUUCAGUGGGAUAUGGUUCGGGCAUUCUUUAUCUGAGCAAUAAUUUCCAGUUGAGAACUGAAGGGAGCAAAUAUUCAGAUGAUUCCAGGAUUCUGAGCGAUGCCUUCUUGAGGAUGGUUGAUCUUGUCAGAGUUGCUCAUGUAAUUGAUGGCAUUGUGCCUAGCUCUGCUGUGCUUGAUGGAUUGCAUGUUCGGAUUUUCUCCGAGGAUGAUAAGUUGAACUUUGGCACAGAUGAAACUUACAAGCUAUCCAUUCCUGCAAGCGGAGAAGAAACAUACGCCCAAAUUGAGGCACAAACUGUUUAUGGAGCACUUCAUGCUUUAGAGACUUUUAGCCAAUUAUGCUAUUUUAAUUUUACUAGCAAAAUUAUUGAACUUCAUUCAGCGCCCUGGAAGAUUAUAGAUCAACCAAGGUUCCCUUAUCGUGGUCUUAUGAUAGACACAUCAAGGCAUUAUCUGCCGUUGGCAGUAAUUAAGAAGGUCAUUGAUACCAUGUCCUAUGUGAAGCUGAAUGUGUUACAUUGGCAUAUUGUAGACAGGGAAUCAUUCCCUUUAGAGAUGCCUUCAUAUCCAAAUUUAUGGAAUGGUGCAUAUUCUUACUCUGAGCGGUAUACAACUGCUGAUGCUCUUGAAAUCGUUCUGUAUGCUCAAAGGAGAGGGAUAAAUGUGUUAGCUGAGAUUGAUGUGCCAGGGCAUACUCGUUCUUGGGGUUUGGGAUAUCCUUCUUUAUGGCCAUCCUUUAACUGUCGAGAACCACUUGAUGUGAGUAAUGAGUUCACAUUUCAAGUUUUAGAUGGAAUUCUUUCAGAUUUCAGCAAGGUCUUCAAGUUCAAAUUUGUCCACCUUGGAGGUGAUGAAGUUAAUACAACUUGCUGGACGGUUACCCCUCAUAUAAAAAACUGGUUAAAGAAAAAUGGGAUGAAAGAAUCUGAUGCUUACAGAUACUUUGUUCUAAGAGCACAAAAAAUAGCUUCAUCACAUGGAUACGAGUUCAUUAACUGGGAAGAAACAUUCAAUGAUUUUGGCAAACAACUUAGCCCAAAAACUGUGGUUCAUAACUGGCUUGGUCGUGGAGUUGCUGAGAAAGUAGUUGAUGCAGGACUAAGAUGCAUUGUUAGCAACCAAGACAAGUGGUACCUUGACCAUUUGGAUGCAACAUGGGAAGGUUUCUAUUUGAAUGAACCUCUUGAAAACAUCACCAAGCCUGAACAGCAGAAAUUAGUGCUUGGAGGCGAAGUAUGCAUGUGGGGAGAAACGGCAGAUGCAUCAGAUAUAGAGCAAACCAUAUGGCCUCGCGCUGCUGCUGCAGCAGAGCGUCUAUGGACUCCAACUUGGAAGCUGGCAACAGAUCCCAAAGUAGUUGCACCGAGAUUGGCUCACUUCAGAUGCUUGCUCAACAAACGAGGAGUGGCCGCCGCUCCCCUGUUUGCUCCUGGUAGAGGCACUCCACCAUUCACUGGCUCCUGCAUUCAACAGUAGUCGCAGAGCAGAAAAAUUAUUAUGCGGGUACCGUUAGGUAUUCAAUGCUUGUGCGGACGAUUCUCUCCACAUCUGCACUCCGCACCUAAUAAUCUCUCCGCAGAGCAACAGUUCUGGAUAUCAACAUUGUACUAUUCAUUUAUUGUCUAUUAGUCUGGAAAAUAGUCUUGUAAUAUCUAACAGAAAAAUAUUCAACAAUAAAAUGGCUCCAUGUUUGUAUUCAGUA